GUCGAAAUCAUUUUUGCACAUCUUGCCUGCCACUUACUCUGAGGUGAGGACUCAAAUAGCGCGCACAACAGGAGUCACUCGCUUGCCUAAAGAAGCAAGCGAGCACGCCAUCGAUUUUUUCGUUUUGGCAUAGGUAGGCAUAAGAAAGUGCGCCGACUUUGGUGUCGCACGGAAGAUAGAAUAUCGGGCCGAUCAUCAUACCGAAGAUACACAAUGUUGAUGAAGUUUUAUUCACUUCUUAGCAAAAAGAUUUCUCAAGCGAAAAGUUCCAGUGCUGCUUCAAAUACACUCCUCAUUUUGAGUUGGAGUCUCGCGCACAGCGCGAAUGGAUGCUGUGACUGUAGCUGCUGCUCCUGCAGGGGCAUCUUCUUCAGCGCCGGAUCUCCGCCGGCGCUCUGAGCAAUAAAUAAGUAUGCAAUAGACGACCACGACCACGACGCACAGAGAGCCGAGGACGACCAGGAUGCUGAACAACGAGGGAGGAUCGAUAAGAAAAAGUGCGCAAAGCAGACGAAUGUACUUCUCACAAAUGCGGCCCGAACUGUGCAAAGACACACAUAUCCGGGCUGGACGCGGCGGCGCUGGGUGGUCUUCUCCUUCGAAGCAGUUGAAAAGGUUCCUGUUGCUUGGGCUUGCCGGACGUUCGAUGAUCAGGUGGCCGUACAUGCAAGUGAGACUGGUUGUUGAUCAAUACAACCGGGUGGCAGAGAAGAACUACGGUGCAGGAGGGGAACAAUGGCCGUGGAAGGGGGAGGAGAAAGCGCAACCGGUUCUUUCGACAACUGCUACGAGCGCUCCCUACGAUCGUGCCAGCAGCAUAAUAUCUGUCGCAGCCUUGCCGGUGAUUCCACUGGACCUGCGAAAUCUGCGGGACGAGCGCCCCCUCGUUUUGAACGUGCAGGGGCAGGAGCUAGUCGUCCGCGUGAUUUUCGUAUCAAUUGCGAAUAUGUCAAUGUCUGGGUCAUCUGGAAGAAAGCAGAAGGUCGUCACGCAGUUUUUCCAUCUGAAUCAAUGCACGCACAGCAUGACAAAUUCUGCGAAGGCUUUCGCUUUCCGAUGCCCAGUCUGCAUGAGAAAAAAUACCCCCGGCGUCAGGAGACAAAAAGCGCGCAUCGUUUGGUGACUGCGCAGGAUCAGAUAAAAAUUUUUGCUUAAUUCACAAUGAAUCAGCGUUACAAGAAGUUAUUUGCAUCCUUCGAGACUCGGACAUAUUUGCAAUGCGUAUUUUGAAGCAGGCAACACGCAGGAAGGGUUUGCUGUUCGACGGCAUCCGCGGCAAGGGAUCAGGCGGACGCCCACGGUCUCUAACGCGAGCGGCGAGGAUAUUCUGCCUAAGCACGCUCCCGCCCCAGAGUUGUUAUGCAAAUCGGCAUACUCAAAAGAAAACGUUUUCCAAUUCCAUGCGCCGGAUCCUUGGCCUGUAGCGCUGGAGUUAUGGUGUCCACUACGAGAUGAUGACGCGGAGGAGUUCCAUGAUGUUGAAAAGCGUUUUCUAGUGGUGUGCUGGAAUUUGUGAUGCUCGCAUCAGCGAAUGAUGCUAGAACUGCGAUGCUGAUGCACUUGCUUACGGCGCAGCUUCUUGUUUCUACCUGCCCAAACUCGUGAUGCGCGACGAGGAAAGCUUGUUGAUCUGGGGUGGGGAGGGCGACUUUUUUGCAGACAAUAGAGGAACGGCAUCUCGCUGUCUUCGGGGAGGGGGGUGAACAACAAGUUUUCUCCGAAGAGGAAUUGCAGGAGAACCUCCUUUCCUUGUUCAACUUUGAGACGUGCGCCCAGGUUUUUGAGAGUAUUCGGACCCAGAUGCCCUACCCAAAGUUCAUUUGGCACGAGGCGGCCGGCGGCUUUCCGAGCACGCUGCAGCGCCUGCAGCGGGAAUGGGCGCCCAAUUUCUGUGCGUCGGUUGGAAAGCCCAGCGACGAGGAUACUAUCGGGGGUGGUGCUGAGCAACGAACUACAACACUUGGCUCGGGUAGUACGACUCGCGAGGGUCACCAGCACAAAAACCAAGACAAUUUUUUGUAUCCGCCCAUAUCCGCUUGGUUGCCCGUGUACGAGCAGAAGCGAGCCCUCUACCGUCACGGCACCGAGGAGCCGAAGUGGUGCGGGCUACUUCCCCCCCGCAGGGUGCACUCGGACGAGAACAUGAGUAUCUCUUCCUAUUUCACGAACGGGUUCAUGGUGCGUGACCUGGUGCGCGACUUGGCGGGUUUGCACUUGCUUGCAGUUAUGUCCUCUGCCACAUCUUCCACCGCAAGGGCCACGACGCGCCCCGUGAUUUCGGCCAUCAUAUCAAAAUGAAAAAUCCCCCUCCCCGUCCCCACAUCAAAAUGGAACCAACUCUGUGAGGCAGGAUUUUUGUAAGCUCUGUGUUGCAGCUGGGGAAUGCAGGCCGGUACAAAGCUUUGGGAGGUUCUGAGGUCGCCGCUUAGCAUGCCAAACGUCAGUCUGCCCUGUAGGUCUACCAGCAUCACAAUAAACCGCCCGCGUAAUGCGGCUGACAUUCUAGACUUGACCCUUUGCAAGACAGUCGACAUGAUAUGUGACAACAAAGCAGCGGUGCGACCUUUUCGAUAUGGGGAGGGGGUAUUUUUCCGUACGAUGGAGCAACAUUGGCAUUGCCGACGUGAUGGAUGACCCGCUAGGGAAAAACGUGGACGACACCUGCGGACUGCUCUUCGAGCCCAUGGAAAUGUAUCACGAGCAGAUUCGCCGGGAUAUUGGGCACAAUCCCUGUCUCACCCUGAUCCCGUUGGGUAUUCUGCCCGAUCGGGUAGACGAGUUGUUUUUGUCCCCUGCGGCAAAAUCGUUUUUCGAGGACCCCUUCGAUGCGGUGCUAGGAAGCAGAACAGCGAAGCACCGCCCGUCGCCCGCGAGCGGGGCCAUCGCAGACGAGGACGACGAGAACGUCGAGGAGAGGGCGCCAUGGGCUCGUGAAAUGGAAGCGGCGGAUAAGACUGAAGAGUAUCGUAAGGACAAAUCCCCCCUCCCCAUAUCGAGACGAAGUUUCUGAUGCUGGAUCUCCGUACACAAAUGCGCGCUGUCUUGCAGUAAGGCUAAGGCAUCGCAGCCAGAUCCUCAGCCUAGGUAGUGGCGUUUGGGUCUAGUUGUCUUCUCGCAUUACAAACGGCUGUCCCCUCGGCCCAACAGCGUGCCAAAUCGCUUCCAUAAUGGCGCGGAAGCCUCUGCACUUAUCUUCUUGCAAGGCAGACGCGACUUGUGGUUUCAAAUCAGCAAUGCAAAUUUUCGGAAUCUUCUUUAUGCCGUUUCGAUAUGGGGAGGGGGGAUUUUUCUUUUUGAUAAAGGAGCGGCUCUUGCUGCUGCAGGUCUUUCAGGUCCGAGUUCUGUGGUAGCAGAGGACCGCCGCGGGGGCGCGCUGGGGCCGGGAAAUCAUAAAACCUCCUCGCAGGAGAAGGGGAACAAAGCGGCUGUAACGGCCGCGUCUCCGCCGUCGCCCCAAAUACCCCGGGCUAGAAGAGGUACGACAACACAUCGUCGGUCAUUCGAGUUGGACGUUUUAAAGAUUGACAUUGGCAGUUUUGACUGUGACCUGUUCGAGAGCAUCUGGAAAGUUUUGAAAAGAUACGGUGCCGCCGAGAAGCGCGACUGGAGACCGACGGUAAUCGUCUUGCAGACGAACCUGAUCCCCCCGCCGAUUCGGCACGCCCUGCACUACGUGAAGGACCUGGAACGGAAGUUGCUGCAGGACUUUUACGGUAGCAACUUGGUGAUGACGGUAUGCAGCUUGAGCUACCAGGUCACUAUGUUGGCAGGAAGGGGCUACGACUUAGUGAGCAACGUGGGUGGUGACAACGUCUUUGUGCUCCGAGCUCGGGUUUUGCCAGCGGUACUGCGAGUGCAGGCCGCGUCGCGGGAAAUAACCGAUAAGAAUGUUGCGGAACAACAAGAACAUCAGCAAGGGGGGCCUGCCGCCGCGGGCGAGCAGCAAUUACGCCGCCACGACCCGCCGGCGCUGACCAGUGUGCUGCGCGACUACACGGGGCCAAUAGACGAAUUUGAGUGUUUUCGCAAACUACCAUGGCAGGUUCGUCCGAACCUGUAUGGCGAUGCGGCGGAGUGGGGAUACAGGGAGGAAGACUACAGCAUCCCUCACUACGGCGACUCCUGGUGGCGACCAACCAUUCACGAUGUCCGCGAGUGGGUUUUGUUCGAAAAGGCUGAAACCGUGCUGCCACGCGUGUGCAACAAUGUGACCAAAGGGCUUGCCGGGCUUGGGUUUUUUGUACCAACUACCUGCAACAUUGCGUACUGAAGGCACGACUCCAAAGAAAUUUAGGGAGAUUAAACUACAAUUAUAAACCAAAGUAUAGGUGGUGACCAAAACGAUGCGAAGACAAAGGAGUACAUCAAUCUUCCCCAACAAAUCGCCCUUGCGCUCUCGCAAAGAUUGACGCGGUGCAUGUUAGCAGGAGUGGGACAUCGAUUGAGAAGUGGCUAGGAUCGCUACUGAGAAUCACAGUAGCAAUAAGUUCUCUGCUGUAAACAUCUCUCUCUGCUACACCUCCUCGCGAGGGCAUCGAUGAUAGAUUCUAACAUAUAAGAAUCGCAGCAUAAUUCGCUCGUCAAUUGUUGGUGCUACUCCAACCACCAGCGCCGCGCGGGCAUGACUAGUCGGACGAUCUGAAAAAUGCGACGCGGACACAGAACAGGACGAUCAUGCGAAUGCUGAUGAGCGCUGUGUAAAAU